GGCUCCGAUUCGGCGGACUCAGUUAUGUGUAGGACGGAGUUAGUCGGCAGGGACUUAAGCACCACUUUGGCGCUUACAUAACACACAAGCUCCAAUGUCGGCCCCGCAAUUGAAAGCCGUCCCGAUGGAUGGGAGAAUUUCAGCAAAGUCUGGAUACAAUGAGACUGCAUUACUGCAAGGCUGAAUUGAGCUUUCGUCAUCCAAAACCCAACUCCGAUAUUCCGCAAAGAUUGAGCUGACGACUUCCGGUGAAUAAGCAUAUUCACCCACGCGGGAGCUGAAUAAAGCAAAGCCUUCACACCCUUCACCGCAAGCUCACCUAAGCACCUAAAUCGAAGGUUAUGGCUGUCGACGACAUUCCCUCCGUUGCCCUGCCCGGCAAUGUCCUAGGCCCGGUCACCAAAUUUGCGCCCGGGGCCGGUACACAUGUUUACGAAGGCAAUGUUGUUUCUUCUCUGCUUGGCCGAGUCACCGUGACACCCCCGACAAAGAACCCCGGCCCUCAAAAGCGUCUCAACAAGAUCACUGCACCUACGACAGAGGAGCUUGCUACUAUUUCCGUUUCCCGCCAUGGCCGCAAGCGCGAGAUACUGCCCGACGUCGAGAAUAUUGUCCUCGCGCGUGUCCUGCGCCUGAUGCCAAAGCAAGCCAUUGUGGUGAUUCAGCAAGUUGGCGACACAGUUUUGCAGACAGAGUGGCAGGGUGUGAUCAGAGUGCAAGACGUGAGGGCAACAGAAAAGGAUAAGGUUAAGAUUUACGAGUCCUUUAAGCCUGGCGACAUCGUCCGCGCGCAAGUGAUUUCUCUCGGAGACCAGGCCAACUACUACCUAUCGACGGCUUCAAACGAGCUGGGCGUUGUUAUGGCUACGAGUGAGGCGGGUAAUGAUAUGGUCCCUAUCAGUUGGAAAGAAUACAGAGAUCCCGAAACAGGCAUUUGCGAGCCUCGAAAGGUUGCAAAGCCAAGCUGAGCUUGCAGUUUUGUUUGAGAGCUGCCCUGAUACAACAAGGACACCCGACAUCGCUUGUCUCAGAAUAAUCUGGCUAGGAGGCCUGUCCGCCGUGGAACAAGAGCACACACAAACUCUAUAUUCUACAGGAAACAAGGCACUCGUUCGUCAUUGUAGCCACAGGAUUCCAUUCAUACUAUGGCUUUCAGUCGUCAUCUCAUGACGCGAGGCUUCUCGCAUAAAUGCCAAUUCGUCUGGCUGGACUCGUUGCUCAAAUCCGAUAAAACAGACGGGACUCGAAGAAGAAUCCACAAUGACGAGAAUUGAGCCCAGGACCGCCGGACGAUAAUGAGUUGGGCCUGCCCUAGAAUCAACUUAGAAACUUGAUCUAAAGCUCAUACCACCUGAGAAGCGCGUUCCCAGAGUUAUUGCAUGCGAUGUAACAUGAUCAGAUAUGGUGACGUGACGUGACCCUGUUUAUUCAUUCCAACAGCAAUUUGUUACGAGAUUGAGUCAUGCAAUGUCGUUUGUUG